AUGGACGUGGCUAUGGGCUGGGGGAGGCUGUCCUUUCGCUGGGCCAUCGAGCUCUCCCAGUUCCGGCUGCUCCGCCUGCUGCGCCUGGUCCGGGUGCUGCGGCUCCUGCGGGUGGUGCGCUUCUGCGCAGACCUCAGGAUCAUGGUGAACGGCAUUGCGGCGCCCGGUGACCGAGCAAUGCGAGAACUGAUUGGAGCCCGGCAGGGGCGCAGGGAAAUGACUGCAUUGGCCCUGAAGCUCACAUUCAGUGACGCUAAGACUGGUGAGGAUCGUGUGCUGAGCCUGGACGGGGACGAGUACCUGAUCAUGACCCCUGAUUUGGACCAAUGUGGAGGACUGUUCAGUAUGGUGCUCUGCUUCAAGCGGGGCAACAAGCAGCGGCGCAAGAGCGAACUCGGCGAGGCUUGGGCGUUGCGCCGGCACCAGGUGCUCCAGCAGCCCCAGAUCCGCCUGGCAAGGAUGUCGGAGGCUGUGGAAGGGGACGAUAGGUCCGCAAGUGAAGAUGUUCGCACUCUUGAGGUACGAUAUGGAGUGAACGGUGAGAGGCUUCGCAGCUUUCGGGAGACCGUCAAUGAGCUACAAGUCUGCGAGUUUGAAGAUUUUCCUUUCCAGCCCCGAACAGCGAUGGAGUAUGUCAAGGCAGUGUCAUCAAUCUCCGAGAGCGCAACAGCGCAGCAUCACAUGUGGCUGGGCGCGUCAAGAAUCCCCGACGGAGAUCGAAGCGUGUAUGAAGAUGAGGUGCUUGCGAGGGCUCUGGACCUUGCUGUGACUUACGACAGCUUGAAUGUUGCCAGCCUGGCGUGCAUGGAGCUCAUUUGCGGGCGACGCCAGCUGAUUUCAGAAGCCCAUGCCAACUCCCCAGGUGCCCCAUCGUACAUGGGGGCAGAGCAUUUCAUGGGUCAGACUUACCGGCAAGGUGGAGGAAUCGUGGUUCCCACGCUAACAGAUUUCGUGGCCAAGAAGAUGCAGGCGCAAUCGCAGAUCAUGAAGGAGAAGAGGAAGGCUGUUGCAAAGAGAGUUUUCCGACGACGGGCUGUCAUCGAAGAGGUGAACCAGUCCAUUUCUGCAAUGAAUUCGCUAUUUUUCGGUGGAAAGGGCUCUGGCCACGACAGGUUGGUGCCUUCGGUGGAUUCUCUUCCGACUUCUCAGAAGGAGGCCAUCAAGGGUAUCAUCUCUGCCGUGAAGCGAAUGGGGCCCAAACCUGCUGGUGCAUGCGGCUCAGAAGCCCUACAGGCGCUUCGUGCAGCUUUGUCUUCAUAUGUGCCUUUGGAGACGGGCGUGGGUGAUGUUGUGCCAAUGAGGCUUGACCAGCUUUCGCUUCCUGAAGGGACCUCUUCGGGAGUUGACAUGCUUCAGGCACUUGAUGGUGAUCUUCGAGAUGUGGUGGAGAACUUCGAGGAUCGAAUGCUGCAGGAUGCCGACGUCUGGACUCACAUUUCCAGAAGCGCAUCAAGGUUGGUGCCGUAUGACGACCCUUCACUCAGGUCUCGACGCAAGUAUCUUGAGUUUCUUCGGGAGCUGCAUGAUCGGGGCAUCCUGUGCUUCACUGAGGAGUGCAGGGGAAGGGAUGGCGACAACCUUUAUAUUGCUGGAGCCGACAUCAAAGACUGCUUUUACGCUGUUCGGUUGCCUGCAGGGUUGGGGUUGGAGCAGUUCUUCGUGUUGAGAGAGGAUGUUUGCUUUGAGGAUGCUGACUGGCAGAAGGUAUCAGCAGAGUUGGAGGGGCUGGGUUUUUCGCUGCACGAGGAGGAAUCGGCCAGCGCCACCUUCAAAACUUUGGGAGGUAUGGUCGACGGGGCAGGUAUGAGCGUGUUCCGGUCGCUGUAUGACUUCAUCGAAAAGAACCCCGAUGGCAGCCCAAAACGUUUUCUGCAGGGUCGUGAGAUCGAGGAGCGCAAGAUAUUUGCAGGCCCGGAAGAGUGGAACCCGAGGACUCGGGCUCUGCGCAGGGAUGUGAUUGGGGAGGUUGAUACGGUUUUGGGGGCCGAUCCGGAUGCGAGACUUCUGGAGCAAUACGUGGAAGACAGCGAUUUUCCUGAAGGGCCAGGUCCACCCGGGUCCUCACAAGCCAUGGAGUGGCAACGAGGCCCCGGGUUGCCCCGCCGCCUGUGA